CUGCUGCCCACAACAGCUCCCAUUUUAGCACCUGUUGCAGUAUGUUAGGCAGGUGGUCUUCAUGUCAUUACCAAUGAAACGCAUAAGCGGAAACGUCCGAGGCUUUAUUCUGAAAACCGGAAGCAGAUCUGCGACUGUGACUGCUUAACCAACAUAUCCGAUAAGGAGAGCGGGAUCAGCUGAUGGGAAACUGAGUCACCAUUUCCGAACAUGUCGAGGAGUGAAGAGGUAACUUACGGCUCUACACUCUUUUUCUCCUGAAGAAGCACAGCAGAGAACAAGCAUGGCAGUGGGGGGCAGAGUUUCUUCGCCCAUCUUUGCCACUGCGGUGAGGGAAGUGACGCAGCUGCAGGUGGAUGCUGUCAACGUCCCUGCUCUGGAGCUGAAACUGGGUGCUCUUGCUGUCCUUCUGAGCGUCACGCUGCUGUUUGGUUUCGCCCCCCUCUGCAUCGUGCGGGGGGUUGGCCAGUGCAGCCUCAGCCCAGAGACGCGCCACAAGCUGCUCGGGAUGGUCAGCUGCUUCGCGGGAGGAGUGUUCUUCGCCACAUGUCUGCUGGACCUGCUGCCCGACUACCUGGAGGGCAUCGCAGAGGCCUUCGACAGUGCCGGGAUCACGCUCCAGUUCCCGCUGCCAGAGUUCAUCGUGGCCAUGGGAUUCUUCCUGGUUCUGCUGAUGGAGCAGAUUGUUCUGGCCUUCAAGGAUCAAUCAUCUCCACCUGUGGAAGAGCAUCGAGCUCUCUUGGUGGACUCCAGGGUCCAGGCUGGUGACCAGAGUGACCGCCCACCCUCCCAUCAUCAUCAUCAUCAUCAUCAUCAUCAUCGUGGUCGGCGUGGGUCCGACGACUCGGAUGAUGGGCACUUCCAUGUUGACUUCCGCUCGCAGUCUGCACUGCGUGCCUUCAUCCUGGUCUUCUCGCUGUCGUUACACUCUGUGUUUGAGGGCCUGGCUGUGGGUCUGCUGGAGCAACCCAAAGAGGUGUUGGAGAUCUGCUUGGCUCUGAUGAUCCACAAGAGCAUAAUCGCCUUCAGUAUGUCCUUCAAACUGAUCCAGGGUCACCUCCGCCGCUCCGCGGUCGUUGGCUGCCUGCUGCUGUUCGCUGCCAUGAGUCCCGUCGGUAUCGGCAUGGGGGUCGCCCUCACAGAGACGAAGUCCUCGCCUCAGCACAAACUGGCCCGCUGCUCGUUGGAGGGUCUAGCGUCUGGGACCUUCAUCUACAUCACCUUCAUGGAGAUCCUACCGCAUGAGCUCAAGUCCGGGCGGAAUCGUAUCCCCAAGGUGGCUAUGCUGCUGUUGGGCUUCGCCCUAGUGACCGGUGUCCUCUUCAUCAAACUGUAACCAUGGCAAUGUGAAGACCUAAAGACCGGACUCGGAGAACUGAGUUCUCUUGAUGCUUAAUUCUCUUGUUUAUCUCUUCACUUUUGUACGCAGGAACAAGCCAAAGACAUUUCCACACAGCAGGACACUUGAUCUAUUGACCUACAGUAGCCUUGGGGGUCAUGAGGUCAUUUGGUGCCAGGUCGGCACUCACGCUGGUAAGCAGAGAGGAAGAUCCAGUUGUGUGGGAACAUGGAGCCUCUUUGAACAAAAGCGGAAUGAUUUCAAUACAAUUUAACAUUGAAACAGCUGCUUGAAGACCACAAACCUUUUCACCUGGAUGAAAAGUCCUUAUUUUAGUUUGUGAAAAAUGACGUCGUAUAAUUCGUCAUCAUAAUUUAUGUUUUUUAGGAGAAACUUAUUUUUAUAUCCAUCUGAAUGGAGUUUUAUAAAUGUGCCUUCAAGAACUUGAAUCUUAACUCACCUAUUACUGUGUAAUUAUACUUUUAAUUGUUAUUUUAGAAAGAUUUUUCUGUUUCUAAGAUUGUAAAUGUAUGGAGUACAUUUCAAUAUUGUAAUACAUUAAAUGUAG